CUGGGUGCGCAAACGGUGGCGAGAUGGAAUCAGUGGAUGGAAUUGAGCAGCAGCAAGCGGCACGCAAUGAUCGUGGCUUGAUCACACCAGCAAAACAACAGACAUUAAACACUUCCGGUUUUCAGGGCCGACCGCGCAGUUUUCAUUCUAGUAGCAAAAUGGCAAGAGUAGGAAGUCUGCUAGUAACGUGUCAAGUGACGUUGCUGCUGGUCGUGUUUUUGCCAGUUUCCAUUGAAGCGACCUCCUGCUUCAACAGAAAAACACAAAACAUUCCAGCUGAUCAUCUGUUCAACAAGAAGGCAAAGCCCCUCAUACUUGGUCAUCGAGGACAACCAAGAUUGUUCCAGGAAAACACAAUUGAAGGAAUAAAAAGUCUUGUGGACCUAGGAGCUGACGGCUUUGAAACAGAUAUUUACCUCACUGAUCACGGGCAACUCGUCCUUUUUCACGAUGAUAAUGCCAAGGCUUUGACUGGUGUUGAUAAAAACAUAUGGGAGAUGACUCCAAGUGAAAUCAGUAAUUUGACAUACAAGAAAGCACUUGUUUAUGGAAAGAAAACCUAUAAUUUCUCCCAGAAUUUGAAAGUUGCUCUUUUGGAAGACCUGUUGAACGCAGUAAAAGAUUCUGAGUUGUUCAUGUAUUUAGAGCUUAAGCCGAGCAAAGUUGUGUACGCAAACAAAACUCGAAGUGUGGAUUCCGGAAGAGAAGUUGCAAAGCUGAUAACUAAACUAGGCCUUGAGAAGAAAGUUUUCAUUGUUUCAUUCGACUUCCUGAAGUCGCUCUCCGCAAAGUUGGAAAACCCAAAUCUUGUUGUUGGCUCCUUCUAUAAAGAGCAAUAUUGGCAACAAGAUAGCGUGUGGUACUCUAGUUUGAAACGUCAACUAAAGGAGUCUUUUCCAGGUUUAGGGACCUGUUUGGACGGCUUGCCAAACGACCGAAGCCUGAUGGACUUCGUCUUUGAGAAGGGGAGCAUUUUCAAGUCAAUGAACGCAUCCUUUGUUGAUAUGCAGUUUACUGUUUACAACAACAAAAAGUUCAGCAAUAAUACUUUCAAGACUCUUCGAGAUAACUACAACGAAAAGAUCAGUUUUGGUGCAUGGACAGUCUACAGCAUGAAGCUAAACUCAGCCGAAACAGAUGCGACAGAAAAGCAAGUUCAAUUGCUGAUUGACAACGGGGCAGAGCGCUUGAUUACGGACGAUGUGCCGAAGCUGCGCAAAAAACUCAGCAAGAGUUCGGCAAAUGCCCAGGCAGAGUCUCACUUGCUCGUGUUUUCAUUUUUAGCCAUUGCUCUAUGUGCUUUUAAUCUUGUUUUGUAGUUACCAACAUUCAACAUCAACUGUUACUAAAUGUCUCGCUUGUUAUAUGAAACUGCCGUUGGUAACUAAUCAGUAAAUGAUCUUCUGCGGAUUCACGGUUUCAUUUUGUCAAUUAACAGUUUCUAACCUCGUUUCUUACUAGUGUCUAACGUUUCGUAACAGUUCCAUAGAGCUUGCAUCGUGUACCCAUGCGCAGAACCAAAGUCUUCA